AUGGCCUUCAGAGUGGUUGCUAGGAGAUUAUUGAGGAGCAAGCUGUUACCCAUGUUCACUCCUGCUUCUACAUUGCAUUCUCAUGCCACUAGCUUUGGAUUUAAAGAAGUAAAUGAAGAAGAAAAAAGCCAACUGGUUGGGAAUGUCUUCACCAAGGUUGCAUCAAAUUAUGACAUCAUGAAUGAUUUGAUGAGUGGUGGAUUGCAUAGGUUGUGGAAAGAUAGACUGGUUUCAAAAUUGAGUCCAUUUCCUGGGAUGAAGCAUCUUGAUGUAGCUGGUGGGACAGGUGAUGUUGCUUUUAGGAUUCUAGAAACAAUCAACAGUGUUAAUCGCAGAGCCAUAGAAGACACACUUGAAGAUGAUUUGCAGAGAGAAACUCAGAUUUAUGUUUGUGAUAUCAAUCCAAAUAUGUUGGAUGUUGGUAAAAAACGAGCCCAACAAAGAGGGCUUGGAGAACAGGGGUCUCUCAUAUGGGUUGAGGGAGAUGCAGAAAAACUCAAUUUUGAAGAUGAUUCAAUGGAUGGUUACACUAUUGCUUUUGGUAUUAGGAAUGUUACACACAUAGAAAAAGUUCUUGCUGAAGCAUAUAGGGUACUCAAGAAAGGAGGGAGAUUCCUUUGUCUUGAACUCAGCCAUGUCGAAGCUCCAGUUUUCAAGCAACUGUAUGAUUACUAUUCAUUCUCAGUUAUUCCAGUUGUAGGAGAGUUAGUUGCAGGAGAUCGUGAUUCUUAUCAGUAUUUGGUUGAAAGUGUUAGACAUUUUCCUCCUCAGGAGGUGUUUGCUUCAAUGAUUGCGGAGGCUGGAUUUCAAAAGGUGGAGUAUGAGAAUCUUGUGGGAGGAGUGGUGGCAAUCCAUUCUGGGGUGAAAUUUUAGAUGUUUUUUUUUUCUAGACUCUAAUUCAAAUUUAUUUCAAGUUAAUAAGAUGGAGUUGCUAAAGAUUUAGCUUCAAUUUGUAUGUUGAACACUUUGAAUAUGUAAAAGAAAGUUAGACACUGUUCCAUGUGGCCUAACAGUAUCAGAAGUUGUUGGAAAGGUGUUCUUCAGUCAAUAGGUUGAGGGUUAAAAUCAUGUGUGAUACAGGAGGAUUAUUGAUAUGGUAAAAGAUUAAUGUUAUGGUCAAUGUUACAAGAAUCUACAUGGUUGCGAAAUUAGAACACUGAAC